AUGGAUGACUGGAGCUCUACUACCCGCAUUGGAAGCAAGCACCGUGCUGGCGGCGCUGCUCCCCGUGAGACUGUCGUCAAGGGCAAGAGCGCUCUGAACGCCGCCCAGCGCCAAGGUCUUGUUAUCGGAACUGAGAAGAAGUACGCCACUGGCAAUGCUGCUUCUAAAACUGGUUCUAUUGAAGGUCAGCACCUGACCAAGGUCGACCGCAGCGACGACAUCAUCAAGCCCAAGACUGUCGGCUACCAAGUUGCAGACGCUAUCAAGAAGCGCCGUACUGAGGAGGGCUACAAGAUGACACAGAAGGAACUUGCCACCAAGUGCAACACCACCGUCACCGUCGUCCAGGACUUCGAGAAGGGUACCGCCACCCCCGACCAGAAGGUCCUCAGUGCCAUGGAGCGUGUGCUCAACAUCAAGCUGAGAGGCUCAGACAUCGGAAAGGAGAGGUUCCCCAAGAAAAAGUAA